CGAGGGUGGAGCUCACCGCUGUUGCUUCAGGAAACAUUUAGCCUCCGACUUAACUUGUUGUGUCUGCUGCACUCCUCGCACUGCAGAGCCGAACUUCUCCCCCGAAGUCCGCACUUUAUUUGGAAGCUGUUUUCUGUUUUUUUAAUUAUUAUUUUUUUUUUAAACCAACCUUUCUCGCAAAAGGGCACCGUGCUGGGAAGAUGAUGGAUCCGCUGCGUUCAGCGAUAAUGGGAGUCAGGGGCCCGGACGACACGUCGCUCGAGGUGCCCUCCGACAACGAGCUGAGUGCGGGACCGCAGCGCGUGCUGGAUCAGGUGCACACCAUCAAGAGGAGCAAGUCCAAACCGGGGAAGAGCGGCUCAACGUCGCCCUCACCAACAGGUCUGUUUCCCCAGACUAUGAAAACAUAUGACUUUGGAUCCUUCAAGUUUUCUCCAUCCAAAGCAAAUGGCACCUUCAGCCGCACCAUCUCCAGUCAGUCUGCAGGCUACAGCAAAGCGGUAAAUACUCAGAGGAGUCGCACUCUAACCACUAAAACCAUGGGUGGAAGAUAUUUCAGCACCCCAGGCACAUCGGAACGGCAAAUCAACGCUUUCAACGCUUUCACCUUGCCCAACGGAUUGAAAGCCUCUCGCAGCGACCCAGCUUUGGCUCCCUCAUUUUCUGCUGCACCCGUGAUGAGAGCCAAAGGGCAGGCGUUCCAGAGCCAGGGCAGCGUCCAAGCUCGACCAAAUAGACACAGCACCUAUUCAAUGACCAACAGCACUCAGAUGACCAACAGCCAGUCACGCAUCAUCCAGCCGCCCUCUGCCCAGAUUCACACUGAGGGCAGGAUGGGCACCAUCAAAAGACCCAACUUAGAGCAGCAAUCCGCGAUGAACAGUGUUAUGAACAUGUCAGACAUGACACUUAAUCAGGCUGUAGCAUUCCUGUCUCACCCUGAAGAGAAUUACCAGCAGUGUGGAGCCAACUUCAUCCACCACACCACCUUCAAAGAGGAGGGCACCAAACAGGAGGUUUCCCAACUAGGAGGUAUCCCCGGUCUUGUGACCCUGCUGCGGAGCCCCAACCCCGGGGUGAACCAGGCCGCUGCUGGAGCUCUGAGGAACCUGGUGUUCAAACACCAGGGCAACAAGCUGGAGGUGCAGCACUGUGGGGGCAUAGCUAAAGCCCUGCAGCUACUGAAGGAGACCGAUUCUACUGAGACCCAGAAACAAAUCACUGGCCUGCUGUGGAACCUGUCCUCUGCCGAUGAGCUGAAGGGAGAACUUAUAGCUACAGCUCUGCCUGCCCUGACUGAGAAUGUGGUGUUGCCAUUCACCUGCUGGUCAGACGAAUGUGCCAACAACAACAUACACCCUGAUGUCUUCCACAGCGCCACAGGGUGCCUGCGGAACCUGAGCUGCUCCCAAAAGAAGGAGCGGAAGGCAAUGAGAGAGUGCCCUGGCCUCAUUGACUCCCUCAUGAGUUACAUCCAGUCCUGUGUGGCAGAGGAAAACCCUGAUGACAAGUCUGUGGAGAACUGUGCAUGCAUCCUCCAUAACUUGACCUACCAACUGGAGAAGGAGUCCCCUGAAUGCUUCAGCGAGUUCAAAUCUCAGACAGAGAGCGAGUUUGAAAAUAGGAAAAGCCCAACGAUCGGAUGCUUCAGCCCCAGGAGCAGCAAGGCUCAAAAAGAGUUUUCAUUUGAUGCGGCUCAGGGAAUGCUGGAGGACAGCGCCCCCUUAGGUCAGAAGUGGUUGUGCCAUCCCAAAGCUAUGCAGACCUACCUGUCUCUGCUGGGCUCGUCCCAGAAAAGUGCCACCCUGGAAGCCUGCUGUGGUGCUCUGCAGAACCUCACUGCCGACAAGGGGCCGGGGUCCACUGCCAUGAGUCAUAUACUGGUUCAGAAGCUGGGGGCUCUGCUGCACCUACCCCGUCUAUUAAAGUCUCCUGACCAGAGCCUGCAGAAGUCUGCCAUGUCCCUGCUGGGUAACAUGUCUCGGAACAGCGGUUUGCAGACCUCCGUUGCAAAGCAGAUCCUGCCUGAUCUCACCAGCCUCAUCUCCGCUGGACCCCGAGAGAUGGGAAACUCCGAGGACACUAUAGUGUCAGCUUGCCACACAGUAAGGAAUCUAAUGUUGGCCGACACUGAGAUCAGCAAGAAGUUCAUCAAUAAAGGACUAGUGUCAUCGCUGGCUGACCUCAGCCAGAACAGGUCUUUACCCAAAGCCAGCAAAGCAGCUUCCCUGCUGCUCUACAGCUUAUGGAACGAGAAGAAUUUUCAAGGCGUUGUGAAAAAGAUGGGAAUGGCAAAAUCACUUUUUGUCAACGACUACACCACAGCAUUGCAGAAGUCGCUGCAAGUUUUGGAGUGAGUGUGCUGGACGAGUGGAGCGAGAGCCACAGAGUCUGAAAGAGGGAAACCAGCAUGUUAAGACACUGCUGUGGCCACACCCUUGCAACGAGCAGAGUAAAUUAACAUUCUCCACAUAAUGAUUUUGUUGAAAGAGCAUAGCAAUUAAGAGUGAAUCAUCCAUUGUAUAUAAUUUAGUAAAAAUGAGAGCUUUUAAUUUCAUGAGUAAUCCUGCAUCCUUUUAUGUAUUUGAUUUGGAUAUGUUUCUGUCUGUGCAUCUAAAGGGAUGAGUGUGUUUUUGACAGGCGAAGUGUGCACGGGAUGAAACUCAGUUCUUCUGGCCUGAGAGCUGCAGUACACCAGACAAUGUUAUCUGCAGUGAAAGUUACUGAAGGCAUGCAGUGGUUAUUAAGAUUCAUCAAUGGCAUUGUUGUCAAAUGUGUCUGCAGUGGCUCAAAGAUAAAAUAUAUUUAGUGGCCUUGAAGUCCGAGCAGCCAAAAUGAAAAUAAGAAAAAAAAAUAUGAAAGCUUAAAAAAAAAAACAAAAAAAAAAAAAGAUGUUGUGUAUGUUAUAUUGUUGCUACUGGAUGAAAACUUGUACAUCCAUUUGAAUUGUUUUUAUGACUUUGUUAUCUGUUUCAUUCUGUGAUUCAGAGUUUAGUUUUUAUAGAAAAAAGUAACAAACGGCUUUCAACACGAGUGCCUAAAUAGUUAAAGGAAAGGUUUAACAUUUUGGGAAACAGGCCUGUCUGUUUUCUCGCUGAGAGUUGAUGAGAAGAUUGAUACCACUGUUCUGUCUGUACAUUGAAUGUGAAGGUGCGACCAGCAGCCAGUAAGCAAAAACACUCGAAAGGGUGAAACAGCGAGCCUGGCUCUGUCCAAAGGUUACAAAAUCCACCUACCUGCACCUCUUCAGCUCAACACAUAACUCAUCAUAUCUUGUUUACUUUAUCCCCUAUCCCUUACGUGUUAAAACAACACUUUGUGGUGUUACAGGAUUUAUGGACCCCGUAAAACCACAAUGUGUGAUUUCUGAAACGUUAUUAUACAAACAAGAUGAAAGGUGUUAAGAAGUGGAAAUAUGUUACCUUUGGACAGAGCCGGACUAGCUGUUUCCCCUGUUUCUAGUUUUCAUGCUAAGCUAAGAACUAGCUGCUGGCAGUAGCUUCAUAUUCAUUAAACAGACAUGACAUUUUUGGAGAAAUAUGUUUGUGGCAUAUAAUAAGGAGCUUUCUCUGUGACUCAGUCUGUACAUGGAAUAAAUAACAGAUAUGGAGACAGCAUUGUAAGUCGUGGUCUUUUCUUCA